AUGGGCUCAAUCGCGACGACAAAGGGCAAGCCCUUUCCUCCUGGAAUUCACGUUCCUUGUCUCACUUGGUUCGCCAAUGAUGCCAACCAGGAGAUUGACUGGGAUCUCCAGAAGAAGCACAUUGAGUUCCUUGUGAACUCUGGCCUUGACGGCAUCGUCAUUGCUGGCACCAACGGCGAGGCCGUGACCCUCACAGCAGCCGAAAAGUCGCAAUUGGUACGAACGACUCGAGAGAUUGCGACCCUUGCCGGUCGUCCCAACAUCACCAUCACACUCGGCACCUCGUCGCAAUGCACUCGGGAAGUCAUCAACGAGACACGGCUGGCCAAGGAUGCGGGCGCCGACUUUGUCCUCGUCCUGACGCCCAGCUACUUCCAUUUUGCCAUGACGCAAGACGCCAUUGUGGACUUUUUUGAGGAGCUGGCCGACGCGAGCCCGGUGCCUGUCGUCAUCUACAACUUCCCCGGUGUCGUCGCUGGACUCGACGUCAACUCGGAGAUGCUGGAGCGCCUUGGUCAGCACCCUAACAUUGUCGGCGUGAAGCUGACAUGUGGAGGUAUCGCCAAGGUCGCUCGUGUGGCUGCUCAGUACAAGCCCGACGAGUUUACAGCGCUCGCCGGACAGAGCGACUGGCUCGUCCCCGCCAUGGCCGUGGGAGCCACAGGAACCAUCACGGGCGUCGCAAACCUUUACCCCAAGGUCUGCACACAGAUCUUUGACCUCUACAAGGCCGGCAAGACGCAAGAAGCCGAAGCCGCACAGCUUCGGCUGGCCAAGAUGGAAUGGGGCUUCGCCAAGGGAGGCAUCAACGGUACAAAGUGGGUUGUGGCCAAGCUUAGGGGGUAUCCUCUCGAGAGCUGCCACUGCCGACGGCCGUAUCCCAAGUAUAGCGAUGAGAGCAAGCAGGAGUGGAUUCUCAAGGUUGUAGAGCCGCUUGCGGUUGUUGAGAAGAGUAUUGGGAAGAGGGGGAUUGAUGCUUAA